UUUUCGAAACUUCUUGUAUAAACCAAAAUGAGGAAAUUGACCAAAGAUGAAGAAGCGGUUGCACAUAAAUGCUUAGCAAUAUUUUUAUUGCUAAUUGCUUUUCUGUUAUUUAGCGAUGGAGCGAUAAUAUUGAACACUGGAAAUUUACCACUUUCAUUGAAAGUAGCGGCGUAUCUUAUGUUCAUAAUUACAAUGUUACUCCUAAUAUUGGCUUGUGAACUUAGGCCAAAAAUAAGAGAUUAUCGCAAAAAGACGUAUAUUUAUAUUGCUCUAUUCGUACUAUGCAAUAUAACACUUGGUCUCAACUUUAUGGUUUUGUUCAAACUUUUGUCAUUUUUUCAAACAAGUCGUCUAUCCUACGUAAUUUACAAUCUUUAUUUCAGCGCAUUUAUUCUAUACAUGACAAUGAACAUUGUAACUCAUUUGCAAUUAAUUUACUGGGACAUUCGUGGGGUUGAAGAAAAAUCACUACGCGCCACCGCUACAAUGCGAUCAAUAUUGCUUACAUCAUUUACUACCACUGUGUUUCCAAUUAUUUUACUUUCUGCAUUUAUUCCAUGCAAAACGUUCAAUUUGUUCGCACAACUUCAUCUGGUGACUAACAAUGUGUUAUUUGGCAUGGCUUUGCGUACGGGGAAGGAAUCUUCUGUAAAGAACAAAAUCACCAACUUUGUCCAGAAAAUCAUCACAUUCAAUGGUCGCUGGCCACGUGGUAGUGGAUUUUAUGCAUCUUUGUUAAUGCUAUGGGUUUUAUUGGAUCUUUGUCGACUGCCGUUAUCGACUUUUUCAGAGCAUCUGUUUAUUAAUGUGUUAAUGGAAAUAGAAUGUCAAUAUACCUUUCACACAUUUCUUCUCGUAGCCACAGCUCAAAGUUACUUCCUGAAAAGUCACAUGGAUUCUGGUACGUCAUUAAGCUCUAUAGGUCGGGCUCCUUGGGAACAUGGAAACGAUGAUAAGUCAGAAGAGGAACCAAUUGAUAUCAAAUCGGACAAUGACCAUUGUAAUGACCAGCUGGGUUUUGCUUCGAUUCAAGAUUCAAUUGUGGUUGAAUCGAUAAAAAUUCGAUGAAAAUAAAUGAAUUUUCUUCAUGGAGAACACACGUUAUUCUCGUCAUUUGAUUUGGAGCAUCCAGUUUUGGAAGAAAAUCAAUUGAGAAUUAAAACUAAUAAA